UCAUCUUCUUCAUACCCCGUCUCAAGCCUUUACUUUGCAGUGAAGCACAUUACCGGCACCUAUGGCGACGGCCGCCGCGUCACCCUGUCCAAUUACCGGCGUCGUGAAGCUGAAAUACUCGCCGCAUUUGCCAGUUUCCUGUUCCAAUGUGCAAUUUGCAGGCUUCAAACAUUGCUCGCAUAAGCAAUUACUGGUUGCGGCAGCCGCCACUGGUCGUAACUCAGAUAAUGGCGCUGCUGUUUCCAUCUCCCAGGACUCUUUUGCUUCUUCUUCUCCGAAAUCUCUUGCUGAUGGCUCUCGGGUGCAACUUCAUACCAUCUCUGUGUUUGUUGGGGAUGAAAGUGGUAUAAUAGACAGAAUAGCGGGAGUCUUUGCACGACGAGGCUACAAUAUCGAGUCACUUGCUGUUGGGCUAAACAAGGACAAGGCUUUGUUCACCAUAGUUGUCUCGGGAACGGAAAAGGUUUUGAAACAAGUUGUAGAGCAACUCAAUAAGCUUGUGAAUGUCUUGAAGGUUGAAGAUUUGUCGAGAGAAUCACAAGUGGAGCGAGAACUGAUGCUCAUAAAGCUCAAUGCAGAUUCUACCACCAAGGGCGAAAUUAUGUGGUUAGUUGACAUUUUUAGGGGAAAGAUCGUGGACAUAUCGGAGCACACUUUAACUAUGGAGGUAACAGGGGAUCCUGGGAAAAUUACAGCAGUCUUGCGAAAUCUCAGAAAGUUCGGUAUUAAGGAGCUAUCAAGAACUGGAAAGGUUGCACUGAGGAGGGAAAAAAUGGGUGAGUCAGCUCCAUUUUGGAGGUUUUCUGCAGCCACUUACCCUGAUCUUGAAGGAACAAUACCCAUGGAAACAGUUCGGGACGCUGCUAGUCGGGAAGUCAUUCGGAAACCCACCAAUGGCACCCUUUAUGCUGCCUCAGGGGGUGAUGUUUAUCCUGUUGAACCUGCUGAUGUCUUCUCUAAUCAAGUUCUUGAUGCCAACUGGGGAGCUGUCUUCGAUGAAGAUUCAAAUGGGCUUCAAUCGCAUACUUUAUCCUUACUUGUCAACAACGCCCCAGGUGUUCUGAAUCUGGUUACUGGGGUUAUAUCUCGGAGAGGGUAUAAUGUCCAGAGUCUUGCUGUGGGACCUGCAGAAACUGAAGGGCUUUCACGCAUAACAACUGUAGUUCCUGGAACAAAAGAAAGUAUCGCCAAAUUGGUCCAGCACUUAUAUAAGUUGAUUGAAGUUUAUGAGGUUCAAGAUUUGACGUAUUUGCCAUUUGCUGAGCGCGAACUAAUGCUGAUUAAAGUUGCUGUAAAUGCUAAUGCGAGAAGGGAUGUUCUUGACAUUGCCAAUAUUUUCCGAGCUAAACCAGUCGAUGUUUCAGAUCAUACGAUAACAUUGGAGUUGACAGGAGAUUUCAACAAGAUGCUUGCACUCCAGAAUUUGUUGGAGCCGUAUGGUAUUUGUGAGGUGGCCCGGACAGGGAGGGUGGCUCUGGCGCGGGAAUCAGGUGUGGAUUCGAGGUAUCUCCGGGGAUAUUCUUUGUCCUUGUAGAUGAAUCAUGAUGCUAUUACACAAGACUCGGGCAGCUGAAAGACAAGAAUCAUAUGCGCUUGGAAGGUAAUCUGCUCGGUAGUCAUACGUACCUUCCUCAAACAAUUGUAGUGAUUAGUUUAUCACUUGUCAGAGCAAAUAAGUGUUCAUAAUUUAUGGUAGGGAUGAAAUGGAAUGAUUAUUUCUACCUCGUAAUUUCUAGUGUGACUUUUCUUGAAUAUUAUGGAUUUUUUAAGAAAUUUGAAGCAAGUUCUGUGGUAUAGUUGGAGGAGCAGGUGCUGGCCUGAAAAUAAUAAUAUGUUCAAUUUAUGCAUUUAAUGGCACUAUAUUUAUUUAGGCA